AUGGUGUUGGAUGACUUGAAGGUAUGCGCAUCUUACAGUAAAUGUUGGAGAGCAAGAGAGAGAGCACAAGAUGAUGUUUUCGGGACAGAGGAGGAAUCUUAUGAAAGGCUGGCUGAAUAUCUCCACGCACUUAAACUUGCUAAUCCUGGAACAGUUACAAAUAUUAAAACAGAGGUUGAUGAUGGUGGUAGGGAGAGGUUCUUGUAUAUGUUUUUGUCAUUUGGUGCUUCAAUUAAGGGAUUUAGGUAUCUGAGGAGGGUGUUAGUUGUGGAUGGCACUCACCUCACGGGAAAAUAUAAAGGAGUUUUGUUGACAGCUAGUGGGCAAGAUGCUAACUUCCAAGUGUUUCCGCUGGCUUUCUCAGUUGUGGAUAGCGAGAAUGAUGAAGCAUGGACGUGGUUUUUUGAAAAAUUGGAGCGGAUCAUUGCAGACAGCAACACGUUGACAAUAAUAUCAGAUCGUAACCAGUCUAUUUACAAGGCAAAAAAGAGUGUGUUCCCACUAGCGAAGCAUGCAGCUUGCAUCGUUCACUUGGCUAGAAAUGUGAAUGCUAAAUUCCAGAACAAAGGUUUGGCGAAGAUGGUUUCAAACGCUGGAUAUGCGUAUACCAUAGGCUCAUUUCAGACUCAGUAA